AAGCCAGGGAGAUUGGAGCAGCAAGGUGCACAGCCCCUGGUUAUAAGUCCUCUGAGUUGGAGUGCAGCCGGCUAGGACCCACACUAACACUGCCUUGCUGCCUUACUGCCUGACUGACAGACUUGACUGACUGACUGACUCACUCCACUAUUCUCACUCACUCUCUCUCCCUCUCUGUCCUUCUCCCUCGCUCCUUCCCUCCUACUUUCCACCCUGGAGAGCGAGAGCACGCAGAUUGGGAAGGUGCUCCUCAGACCUGCGUCUGGACAGCUUGAAGGCAACACAGAGAGGAUUUUUCCCUCUUCUCCUACCGUCUCCCUUACCGACCACCUCUGGUACAGAGCACAUGGAUGAACUUUUUUGCUUUUUGCUGCUGGCAGAAAAAUAAAAGUUGAAAAGACAAUUUGCAGUUGAAAAUAACCAGAUUCCUUUUUGGUUGUUUUUUUUUCUCCCCAUCUGCACUUGUGAGCAGCUCUGGACCAAUUUAGGGUGCCAGCUCUUUGCCUUGGAGGACACCACUCCUUUUUUUGGCUGCAUGUUCAUUAAAUCUCUGAUGCCAUCACAUCCCAUGGGAGACACGCGUGGCUGAAGCCAGGAGGGAGUUAGAAGAGAGACCCCCCUGAAGUUCACCCUUACCCACUGCAUCCAUCUGCCCUUUAAACUAUCUGAGGAGAAAAAGUUCUUUGUGUUUGACACCUGAAGCCUGGGAAGCUGGCGACCAUGCUGUUGACUUCUGCUUUUGUUCUACUGAUGCUGGGAGGGCGUGCUCUCGCUGGAGGAUAUCCCCCCAUACCACACAUGAAGUACAUGCAACCCAUGAUGAAAGGGCCUGUUGGACCCCCGUUUCGAGAGGGCAAGGGUCAUUAUGUUGAUAUGCCACCCAUGAUGGAAGUAAAGGGGGAACCAGGCCCCCAAGGAAAACCUGGACCAAGAGGCCCUCCUGGUCCACCAGGAUCUCAAGGGAAACCUGGAAUUGGAAAGCCAGGUCUCAAUGGCCAGACAGGCCCCCAGGGGCCUCCAGGUUUUCCAGGUAUUGGUAAGCCUGGACUUCCAGGUCUUCCAGGAAAAAUUGGGCCAAAGGGGAUGCCAGGGUUUACUGGUGAGGUUGGUCCUCGUGGAGAACCAGGCCCUAGAGGUCCUUCAGGGCAGCCUGGCCUUCCUGGCCCAGCUGGUCUUUCUCUGAAUGGAAAACCUGGACUUCCAGGCAUCAGAGGCCCUGCUGGGACUCGGGGAGAACCAGGAAUAAAAGGUGCUCCUGGCCCAGUGGGUGAGCAUGGGGCUAAAGGCGAAAAUGGAAAUGGUAAGCCCGGGCUUCCUGGUAUAAGGGGUCCUCCUGGGCUGAAAGGCAGUAGUGGACCAACUGGUCUUCCAGGCAUAGGAAAACCAGGUCCAAAAGGUUUGCCUGGACUGCCUGGUCUUAAAGGUGAUUACGGACUCCCAGGAGAUCGUGGGGAACCUGGAGAGGCUGGAGCCCCAGGUCAACAAGGUCUUCCAGGACCAGUUGGGGUAGGGAAACCUGGACUAGAUGGACUGCCAGGAGGACCAGGUCUAUUAGGACAAAAAGGUGAGUCAGGAGCAAGGGGUCCUCCUGGAUUUCCUGGGGCCCCUGGUUAUGGAAAACCUGGUCUGAAUGGGCCAAAGGGAGACAAGGGCCAUGCUGGGUUGCCUGGUCUGCCAGGAGACAAAGGAGAACAAGGAAUGGGGGGCCCAACUGGGGAUUCAGGUCUUGAUGGAGUGCCAGGACCACCAGGACUUCAAGGUCCAAUGGGACUGCCAGGAAAACAUGGGAUGCCAGGGCUGAAGGGAGAGAUUGGGCCACAGGGCCCUCCGGGACUGCCUGGCCUCAGAGGUGACCAAGGCAUCAGUGGACCCCCUGGUAAACCUGGUAUUGGUGGGGAAAAAGGAUUUCCUGGGCUGAAUGGUCCAAGUGGAAAACCUGGACCAAAGGGUGAAGCAGGGCAUAUUGGCCUACCUGGAAUUCCAGGGCUGAUGGGGGGUUCAGGGCCUAAAGGUGAAGCAGGGUUUAUUGGGCCUCCAGGUCCUAGAGGCCAGUCAGGCAUUCCUGGUCUUCAGGGGCCCAUGGGUCCCAUGGGGCCACAGGGUGCUCCUGGAACAAAGGGUGAAUCUGGACUUCCGGGGCCUCCAGGAAUGGGGAAGUUUGGAGAAAGAGGAGCUAUAGGUCCCCAAGGUCCACCAGGGAAGCCAGGCCCUGGUGGGCUUAAUGGGACCCCUGGCUCCCCUGGACCUCCUGGACCCCCUGGUCCUCCAGGAAACGGCCAGACAGUUGUUGCAGGACCAACAGGUUCAGACUUGGAAGGGGAUGAAAUACCAAGGGACAGAAAAGGGUCAGCAUUCAGUCAGGUCCCACUCUCCGCUUCUGUAGCACCAGCCUUCACAGCCAUCCUUACAACACCAUUCCCUCCCUCUGGCAUGCCAAUCAAAUUUGACAGGACCCUAUAUAAUGGGCAAAAUGCAUACAGCCCAGCUACUGGCAUGUUUACUGCGCCUUUAUCUGGUGUUUACUACUUUGCGUACCACAUGCAUGUAAAGGGAACUAGCCUGUGGGUGGCACUAUACAAGAACAAUGUACCAGCCACUUACACAUAUGAUGAAUACAAGAAAGGCUACAUGGACCAAGCAUCUGGUAGUGCUGUCUUAGACCUGAAGGAGGGUGAUCAGGUAUGGGUCCAAAUGCCCUCGGAUCAGGCAAACGGCCUCUAUUCUACCGAGUACAUCCACUCCUCCUUUUCAGGGUUUCUGCUUUGUCCCACAUAACCUUGUCCUUUCCUUCAAAUAUGUUCCUAUAUUGGCACCUCAGAGCAGCCCUAAACCUCCAACACCUGCAGCCAUAAUAGAAACAAAACCCAUACAAUUCUUUUAAUAUUUCAAUGUCAACUACAGUGAAAGAGAAAACAAACUUUGUGAAUGAUGUGGAAAGUUUUUUGUUUUUUUUAAAGCACAGGGUGGAAUUUCAUACUGUGUUCUCUGUUUUAGUGUCCUUCAAAAUGUGUGUUUUGGGUUGUAUUUUUUGUCUGUGUGUUGUUGUUUUUUUUGCCAAUAUUAUUAUAAUUAUUAUACUGUCAUAAUUUUAUUGCUAUUUGGUCCUUGUCCUUAUUUGUCAUUGUUUAUUGGAUUCAGACGAUUAAGUGCCUUACAUUGUCAUUUGAUAGUAAGAGGCCUUCCCAUGUAACUGCACAUCCUGCCCAAAUGCUCUGACAUCAUAAGGAUGACAUCACCAAACCCUGGGAGGUGAUUGGUUCCCCUGGCUGCAGUUACUUUCCCCUUGUCCUUUCAUUGAAAACAAUAAUACUGACAUUAACAGCAUCAAUACAGCAUAUAAAGUACAGAUGAACAAUAGUAAAGAAUGGCAUUAGUGCUGUAAUACCAAUUAUUUUUCUUUUUAUAUUUUCUUUGAAAACUUUUAAUAGGAUUCUUUGUUUUAGCGUGAGACUUAUACUGUAUACAUAUUGACAUUUCGUUGGUAUAAGCAUCAGUUGGGUGCUUAUUUGUCUGCAUUGAAUUUAGUAGCUGAUCAUUUAAUGACGGGUCUUUGUCUCUCUUAUAAUUUACCGAACCAGAAAUGUAAUCGGCAAGAAUUACAAACCAAAAGGAUGACAAAUAAAGUAGAUCCACCUCUUCUAUUCAAUGCAAGUCUUUGUGACUUGUUGCUGGGCAAAUGCAAGCAAUUCUGAACCAUUUGUUGUCCUAAAUAAAAAAAUACUUUCUCUUAAUUCCAUGAUGUUGGAAAUAGCUGGAUUGUUAUUUAGCUUAAUAGACCAUCUGUGGCUGCAAGGACAGGAUGUUUCAGAAAUGAAUAAUGUCAAACUACACAGCUGAAAAUGAGAUUCAGUCUGCAUUUACUCUAUAAAUAAAGGGACUUGACUGAAGCCCACAGGUUGUGAAAUACAGGUUAUGUAACAUGUAACAAAUCCCUGCCAGAUUUCUAGUGGAGGUGGUAGGCCAGAGGUGAGAGCUAUGUAUUUACUCAUUUCUGUUUGAAAGUCAUUAACAAUACAUGCUGUAUGUGUGUGUGUUUGUUUGUGUUCUGGUAGGUUUACCUUUCUUUCUGUCACUGUGUAAAUAUGUGUGUGCGUGUGUGUGUGUGUGUGUGUGUAGUGGUGUCACAUUAUGCCCUUGGCAUUCAGGUCAUGAACACUUCAACAAAGAUAAUAAUAAACUUGAAUGAAGUGACAAAAUGUUAGGAAGCGCUUACAGCCCGGUUAAUGUUCCACAAGAAACCCUAACUUUUUAAAUGUUUUAGAUUCCUUUUGGGGUUUUAAGACAAUUCCACACACUCUUAUGGUGCCUUGCAAAGUAAGGGAACAGGUAAUGAAUGUAAUGAUAGAUUAUGGCAGACAGACGAAAAACUGGACUUAAAUUGAUAUAAUGAGAGGAGACGAUAGCAUUUCUGGAUAACACUGAAUAGGCAUAUUGCUCCUAUGAGAGGCAUAAUGGUGUGCAAUAAUUCUGUGUGCAACAAAGUCGUG